AUGGAGAUUUUCAAAUACGAUCCUAUUGAUCUCGAGAGGCCUUCUUUUCGGCUUCUUCGCAUUUUGAAAGGGAAAGGGCUUGAUAUACAUGGUUCGAUCUUUCAUGCAACGCUCGAUCUGCACGAGAGUUUGAUUUCUUACGAAGCCUUAUCCUACACCUGGGGCUCCGCAGAGGCUGUCGACAGCAUCAAGAUUAACGGACAGAGGUUAGGAAUCUCUCGAAACUUAUAUGUGGCCCUUCAACAUAUCCGUUUGCAAGAUCAGGAUCGGAUAGUAUGGGUGGAUGCCAUUUGCAUCGACCAGGGCAAUACAAAAGAACGAGGGCAGCAAGUUCAGCAGAUGGGGGAGAUUUAUAAGCAAGCUGAUGGAGUCAUUUUCUGGUUGGGUCAAGCGACUUACGAGACAAACAUCAUCAUGGAUUCUCUGCGACAACUGCAAGAAGAGAGCUACAGACAUGCGUGCAAGAACUGGAAAUGCACAGACCGACGUUGGAUGGACCUUUGGGCCGCAGCCCAAGUUAUCUUGCGGAGCAGACAUUUAAAUCUCCCAGCCCUACAGCGUGAGGGUCUGGAGACUCUCUUGGGCCGAUCCUGGUUUAAGCGGGUUUGGAUAUUGCAGGAAGUGGCUAACGCUAAGGCUGCUUUGGUCUGUUGCGGUACGAAAUCUGUUGGAGCGCGCUUCUUGGCUCUUGUCCCACUGCUGGUAGGUAUAAAGCCCGAUCCUCAUUGCCAAGCUGUUCUGGAUAUAAUGCCUGGCCCAUCGAGGAAUGAUUCUUGGUGGAGCCAGAGUCGAGAACUUUAUACGCUUCUGAAAAACUUUGGUCACAGCGAGGCGCAUGACUCCCGGGAUAUGAUCUAUGCUCUACUUGGAAUGUCGUCAGAUGCUGGUGACAGUGGUGUCUUGCGGGCGGAUUACGGGAAGUCCGUUCAGGAACUUAUUCGCGACGUCUCUCACUUCUUAUAC